GCCAAACAUUUUUGUUUUGACGAUGGCUGACGGAGGAAGAUCUGCUGAUUUGCAGCCGUCGGUGCUUGUCAAAAUCUUCUCGGCCGGGGCGGCCGGAUGUGUGGCGGACCUGGUCACCUUCCCGUUGGACACGGCUAAAGUCAGGCUGCAGAUACAAGGCGAAGCCAAACCCUUGGUGAGAGGUCAGAGGGCCACAUACCAAGGUGUGUUUGGUACCAUCUUCACCAUCGUAAACUCUGAGGGGGCUAGGGGACUUUACAACGGACUGAUCGCCGGCCUGCACAGACAGAUGAGCUUUGCAUCAGUGCGGGUUGGCCUGUAUGACACCAUGAAGCACUUCUACAGCAGCGGCUCAGAGAAUGCCAGCAUUGUGGUUCGAUUGCUGGCAGGCUGCACCACGGGGGCCAUGGCGGUGGCGGUGGCCCAGCCCACCGAUGUGGUCAAAAUCCGCUUCCAGGCGCAGGUCCGUAUGCCGCAAGGCAGCGCGGCAACCAGGUACACCGGCACCAUGGAAGCCUACAAGACCAUAGCCAGGGACGAAGGGAUCCGAGGACUUUGGAAAGGUUGUCUGCCAAACAUCACUCGAAACGCCAUCGUGAAUUGCUGCGAGAUGGUCACCUAUGACAUCAUCAAGGAGCGUAUCCUGCGUUCCGGGCUGAUGACUGAUGACAUGCCCUGCCACUUCACGGCUGCCUUCGCCGCCGGCUUCUGCACCACCGUGGUGGCGUCUCCGGUGGACGUGAUCAAAACGCGCUACAUGAACUCCCUACCUGGACAGUAUAGCGGCGCCAUUAAUUGCGCUUUCACUAUGCUGUUCAAAGAAGGACCCACAGCCUUCUAUAAAGGAUUCCUGGCCUCCUUCUUGCGCUUGGGCUCGUGGAACAUAGUUAUGUUUAUGAGCUACGAGCAAAUCAAAAGAGGGAUAGCAAGACUGCACAAGUCCCUGGAGUCGCGGCUUUAACCCGUCCAACCGGUUGUCGUUUUGUAGGGGAAAACUUGACAUUACCGCUAAGAUACAUAAAUCAUAUACUAUCGUACAUGGCGCGGGAUGGUCGCCAUUGAGCUAUGAACUGGCCCGGGUAGGGCUCCGUUGUUUAAUGUUACACACCUAUUUACAUACUCAGAGCAUAAAUAUUUACCUAAUCAAGUCAGAAAAUGAAUGAAAGAAUGUCUUGUCAUAUUUAACCCAAAAAAAAUUUUGCGCUCCUUCCCCCUGUGAAAAUUUUUUACUUAGUAUUCUCACAGAAUUUUUCAAUUGUAAAUAAUAAAAGUACGUACUAAUGUCAGUACAGUACAUUUGAGUACAUUUAUUUUCUUGUAUUUGAGAAAAGAAUUGCUAAUUCAUUUGAUUUUGAUGAGAAUGCAACUAAGUAAUGAGAGUAAUAUAAAUGUAACAUACUAUAACAUAUUUAUGGUAGCUUUUUUUUUUU